CAGCUACUGUGGCUGCUGCUGCUGCUGCUGCCGCCCAACAGCUCCACCCCCAGCUGUUCAUCGAGGGCGCCACGGCGGCGAGUUCGUGUGAGAGGGCGGGCUGGUCGUGCCAUCUUUGACAGAACGGGUGAGGCGAGAACGGGUGCUCUGCUCUGCUUUGUCGCUUGCUGGCCUAUACUAUGCCAUUUGCAGAAGGCCCUGGGUUACGAUUCUGGUCUGAGGACCUCUGUGUUCUGUCAGCUCAAGGGCUGGUCUCUAUCGAGCGUGGCGCUUCCCGCUUUCCACUUCCCGUCCGGCCGACAGUGCUUCGCAUGCAUCAUUCAACUCGUGCACGGCAGUAGUGGUGCGAGUGUGUGACCGCGUUCGCGACGCGCGCCCUGCGAACCUCAUCCCCGGUCGAGGCUAGCCUGGAGUUCAGCCCUUUUGCUGUCAAAAAGACGGGCUGUUCGCCCAACUCGACCGUUGGCCGUCCCGCGGUCGGUGGCUUGCUGAAAGCCUCUGCCUCGACUUCACCGCCGCCGGCGUUCUAGAUCAGAGGUUUGACUGUUCUGUUCGCUAAUCAUUUUACCAACACAUGUCGCUUGCGUACAGGGGUGCGUUAGCAGAGGCUGAACCAUCCAUCAAGCCCUGAUGGUGCGAGUCCUUCACAAUGCGAAAAGACAGCAUGAUGGGACUGGUUAGCGCAGAGUUGCGCGACGCAAGGUCAGUAGAGUUUGACACAGGUGAGUUCGAGGGUGAAUGGGAAACGAAAAUGUACUUAUAAUAAGACUGGUGGGUAUUGUGGUCGCAUCGCUGUUGUAUCUGCUUCUUCUUUUCUCUUCUCCGGAUUCGGAACUGUUUCUCGUUUCAGCUCUUUUCUUGCUUCCUUGGUGUGAGGCCCUGAGGGAAACCGUUGGACUGAAAAAGAGCAAAAUAGUCCUCAGCACGGUUUUUGGUCCUUGCCAUAGUCACUCUCCCUACAUGGUUAUCGUGAAUAUGGCCACCAAAGACGCCAUCGUCACGGUCCACGAAGCCGGAGACGAUAUAACCCCACUGAAAGAGAAACAGUUCAUCAUGUCGUCUGGCACCAGCACGGCCACGACCGGUUUUGAGGCGCAGGCCAACAUCACCGCCGCCGGCGAUGCUACUGCUACCCGACCUCCACUCCGAGUCGCUCAUCAAGCCAGUGAUCUGUCCGCUGGGCACGGGUUCGGCAACGACAGAAGCCUAACCAGCCUAGGCCUCAAAUGGCAAAGACUGCGAAGGAACGUACUCAUUCGAUACACCAUCUACAUUGUGCCGGUGGCCAUAUUGUUGGCCAUCCCCAUCAUCCUAUUCGCGACAGUAUACAAAGGACGAAAAAUAGUAACCAGCUUCACCGACACGAGUCUUACACCAGUGUACACGUCCAACAUCACCUCUGUGGACGGAACAACCACCAGCAACAUCACAUCCAUCUACAACAACACAGCCGCGACGAUCUAUCAGCAAAGCCAGACCACCGUGACAGGCGGCAUCCACUACUUGGGGCUGUUCAUCUGGAUCGAAGUCGUCUGGGUAUUGUUGUGGGUAGCCAAACUGCUCGCCCAGCUUGUGCCCGUGGCAUUCCAGAGCAUCGCGGGGGCAAUCCACACAGGGAUACGCAAGUACCGGAUCAUUUUACAAGCAGUGGAAAUCCCACUGUCAUUAUUCUUCUGGGCGAUCCUGGCAAUCUCAUCCUUUUCCAUCAUCUACACAUUCGACCGGUCGUUCCACUCUGCGCAUGCCGGCAAGAUCCACUGGCUGAGCGUGCUGCACAAGGUCAACAAAGCGACCAUCGGCGUGACGGCUUUGUAUCUGGUGGAAAAAGUGUUGAUUCAAAUGGUCAGCGUCAAUUACCACGGAAAGCAGUUUUAUGAUCAUAUCAAAGAACUCAAGACUCUCAGUCGGGCCCUCGAGACCAUGUACGAUGUCUCCCGGCGUCGGUAUCCCGACAACCACCCUUCCUUCCGAGAUGAAGACCUCGACAUCCACGACGUGCGCGGAUAUCGGUCCAACAAGGACAGAAGCAAAGCUGCCUCGACAGGCGUGGCACUCGAUGAAACCGCAGCCAUCCUCAUGACCAACCUAGGCACCACAGCCGACCGCGUCACAUCCGUCCUGGGGUAUUUAGUAAGCGACAUCGCCGGACGCCAAGUCCUCAACCCGACCGCAUCAGGCCCCAUAGUCGAAGCCGCACUUGACCGCCAGGCCAGCGCAGAAGCACUCGCCCGCCGGAUCUGGAACUCCUUCACCUCGUUCGGCCACAGACCACUCGACCUCCAAUCAAUCACUGCCGUCCUGGGCCCCGGCCGCGAGACACAAGCCGAAUACAUCCACCGGAAACUGGACGCCGACGGCAACGGCGACAUCACAUUGGAAGAAAUGGUCGAACUAGUCAAACGCGUCGCAUCCGAACGCAAAUCCAUCUGGGAAGGCGCAUCAAACGUCAAAGACGCAAUCAAAGUGCUCGACCGGGUCUUGAGCGUUGUCGUACUCAUCUUUGUGUUUCUGAUCUACGCGGCCUUCUUCUCCGAUUACCUCGCGACUCACUAUACACAAGUCUGGUCUGCGUUCACAGGCUGUUCAUUCCUAUUCGCCAGCACGGCAGGUGAACUAUUCGCGGCCUGCAUUACCGUGUUCAUCAAACACCCUUAUGAUGUCGGUGACCGCAUCAACGUUGACGGGAAAGACAUGGACGUGGUCAAGAUUUCACUGUUAUAUUCGAUCUUUCGAGAAGUCGCUUCAAGACAAAUGGUCCAGAUUCCCAAUAGUAUUCUGAACGGGCUGUGGAUCAAGAAUAUUUCCCGCUCAAAGGAUCUCCGGGAACAAUUGACUGUUAAUGUUUCGGCGGGGACGUCGUUUGAAGAUCUUGAGAUGUUGAAAAAGGAGUUGGAGGAGUUUGUGAGCGAGAAUAAACGGGAUUUUGCACCAGAGGUGGAGCUGCAGCUGGUCAGUGUCCAGGAUCUCAAACAGCUGGAGCUAAAGAUCGAGUUUCAACAUAAAGGUGGGGCGAAUUUUGCGAGUGCGUCUGAGAAUCUGAGGGCUCAGCAUCGCUCGAAGUUUGUUUGUGCUUUGCUCAAGGCGGUCAGGAAGGUUCCUAUUGAUGGUCCGGGGGGAUCGGGCCCGGCGGCCGGGUCGAUUGAGAGUCCGACUUAUACGGUUGCUAUUUCGGAUGAUGUUGCGAGGGAGGCGAGGCGGAGGUUUGAUGAGGUGCUGGAUAGUAAGAGGUUGGUUCCGAAAAUGGGGUUGAAGCGGGAACAACAGCAGGGGCAGCAACAGCAACAGCAACAGCACUUUACAGCAAGAGGCGGAGGUGGUGAUGGUGGUAUCACUACUGCCGUGAGUACCGGUGGAAAUGACGGCGAGCUGAGACCACGGUCUACAGGAGAGCAGUAGUGCGAAACAUGAUACUGUGGUACUACUGCUACUAAUUACCAACAGUGGGCUGGUUCCGGUGUUUCACUCAUGAGCAAGUGAGCUGCCCUCCUUCCUGCCAUUGGGUACUGUCUGUCGACCGAGUUCUCCGUCGAACUGGACUGGCAAUCCUUUUAUGAGUGCAGGUGUCUUUUGAUAUCUAUUGUGCUGGAGAUAUGAUUGAUUGAUAUCUAUUGCUUUGCUCCGGAAUGCUUUGCUUUGUUUCGCCUUUUCCGGUAGGUAUGUAUUACAUGGACGAAGAGAAAGACAGGAGUCACAGGAGAAAUACCAACUUGAUAUAACGAUGACAUAAGACCCAGACCGGAAAUAAUGAAACAUAUGACCAACAACAAACAAUGAAAUAUUUAUUGGACAGCACAAAAAUCACAAGUCAAAAGGUCAGAUCAGAUCAGACAGUCGUCCAAUUUGAACACUACUUCCUCCCCCCUCCGCGCACUACUUCAAAACGUAUUUAUUCCCUUUCCACCCAGGUGCCUUCUACGACUAAUAACACCAG